GUCCAAGACCGAACUACUUGUAAUUACGGGAGUUCUCUAUUAACUAGUGUUCCAUUUCCGCGUACCUACUCACAUAUAAUCGGUGUACUUGAAGUUAAAUACCAUUGUGCUGUAUUGUUAUGUGUAUUAAACAAAAACAAUCAACAAAGGUUUGAAUUUCUCAUCGUCCAAAAUGGAAAAACAAUCGUCUGCUAAUGAAGAACAAGGUAUUAUAUUAUUUCUAUUGCUGAUAUAUUCGAUUUUAAUACGUUUUAUUAGAUAACUUGUAUUUUUUUGUUGCAGAUGGUUCCCGAAAAAAUAAAAAAAGUAAGUAUUAUAUUAUCAUUCGAAUUUGAUGUAUCGAUAGGUACCUACAUAAAGUAUUUUAUAUAAUUAUAUAAUAUAUGUUGAACUCUGGCUUUCGGGUAACAUAACAAAUGUUGAAACUUGUCUUUUACAUUUGUUCUAACAGAACUGUUUAUUACAAAUAGUAUUUAUUUAUUUGAAAAUAUAAAUUCUAAAUGGCAGUUGAUCAUGUGGUAUGAAAUUAUUAUAAUUUAAACCUAAAACACAUAUGAGAACAUAACAAUACAAAUUAAAAAGAAAAUAAACACAAUACAAAUACAAUUUUUAAUAAAUUUUUUAUCCCUUGUCCAACGACCAGAACUCAAGUAUUCUCUUUUUUUGUUUUCGACAUAUAAAAUAUUGUACCUAUUCAGAACAUUUUUCCUUUGUUCAUUUUUAACUGAUUACUGCUAAGAGUGUGCACCCUCAUUUCACUGCAUAUAUCUUCUGCACUAACCCAUGUAAUCCAUUUAACUAUUAUAUCUCUUACAAUAACUAUUAUUUAACUUUUAUUUAUUACUAGCUGUCCUGCCUUGCAUUGCCUGUGCCAAUUUUUAUUAUUUAUCUGCCCAUAUUUCUUUUUGGUUUUAAUCUUGUUCAUAUGAAUGAAAACAAAUACCUUAGAACACGGACCCCUGAUGAAAGAUUUUUAGAAAUCGCGAGCCUCCUACCAAUUUUUUGUCGAAUACCUUUUUUUUAUAAAACAUCUCAUGUUAUCAUAAACUAAAUUAUAAUAAUUAUUUUAUAUUACAAAUUAUAGAUACAUAUUGUAUUCAUGUUUUACAUAACAUAGUAAUACUGAUUUAUUUAUUAAUUCUUCUCAACAACAGUUCUUUAAUAUUUCCUGAUAAACCAUCGAUUCGUUUUUUUAUUGUAUCAUUUGACUUUGCAAUUUUUUUAAGCUAUUUGUAGCUUCUUACUCUUUUCAUACACCGAGUCUUUUUAUCAUCAACAUCAGAAUUCUUCCUUUUUAAAUUUAGCCAACGUUCAUUUUGAUUUAAAUGUCUUUACGACCAUUUGAAAAAAUUUCAUGUAUUAAUCGUAAAUUAUAUAGGUAUAAAACUAUAAUUGAGUAGAAUCGAUCAACUGCACUUAUUGGUAGUAAAUAUACAACUGCCGACUAAAGUGCUGUACGCCUGUACAGUUUGUAUGAACAAAAAAAACUGAUAAAUAAAUAUUAGUUAUAAAAUUAAUAGGUUUAGAUACUUAAUUGUAUCGAGUUCCAUUGUCAUCGGUGUAAUAAAGAUGGGUAAGAUAGGUUUAUCUCUUACAUUAUAACAACAUAAAUUUUAUAUGAAAAAAAAAUAAAAUAAUAAUCGAAAAAUAUUGUAAUAAUCCACUCAUGUCACUAUUGACUUAUGUUAGGUGACUGUCACGACUUCAGGUUAAGAACCGCUGCCCUUAGACAAAAUAAAAGUGUUGUGAUAUUUUUUUAUGAUUUUCAUAACAACAUUUUUUUUGAAUGGGAGAGGUGGAUUUCAAAAUUGAAGUCUAACCUAAUCUAUCGGGAAGUGGGAAAGCUCGUCAUGAGAUAAAUGUUUGUACCUUAUUAUUGUAAUCAUUUGCAGAUAGCACAACGUUUCUUUAUACUAUGUGCGUAUUUUCCAACAAUAUGUACUAACAUAAAAUUCAUAACUUGAAUGCCAUCUAAAUGUGCAGAUUUUCCAAAAAUGUUCUCUUAUAAAAACCUGGUCUUGACAAUUAAGAACAUAACUACAAAAAAAUCAACCAAAUCGGUUCAUCUGCUUUCGAAAUUAUGUUGUAUUCAACAAAAUAUUGAUUCAUUUAUAAGAUAUGUAUAUGUAUAUAGAGAUUAUUUGGGUGUUCAAUUAGAUGUCAUAGUAAUACUAUAACUUAAUUAUUAAGUUUUCAGAAAUAAAAUGAAUUUUUUUUGAGAUUCUAAUCAUAUUCAAAGAAAGUUGUUAUACUGCUUGAUGAUUACCAAUUUCAUUUUCUACCAGUUCUAAAAGAUUUCUUUACCAGAGUAAACUGAUAAAGUGAAUUUUUGAGUAAUUCCGAAGAAAAACAUUUUUUUCAUAAGUUUUUGAUGAAAAUUGUAAAUAUUCCAGCCUUUCAAAACAUAUAUAACUGAAGUUUGCUCCAAAUCAUUUUUUAUUAUCAAUGACUUAUUUAUCGUUGGUUACAUGAAUAAUUUAAAUAACUACAUACCCCACCUUCUCUACUACCUACUUACUAAUAGUGGUUGCACCGUCUUCAGUAUCAGACUUUUUUUUUUUUUUUUUAAAUAUAAAAAACUUCUUCCAAAAAUUUUGUCCGGGCUUUCAAGUUCAGCGCUUUUUCUGACAGAAAAUCUGACUGGAUUGUUACUUUAGGGAGAACGCUUUAUGAUGUUCCCAGGUGUUUUCAUUAUAAAUUAAAUGAGAAUAUUUUAAAAUGUAUUAUUUUCAAACUGUACAUAUUACGGCCUUUUAAAACAUUUAUAACUGAACUCUGUUCAGAAUUGUUUUUCAUUAACACAGAUUAAUUAGAGCAUAUAUUUAAACGAUAUUUGUUAAAUUUCCCUUUAUAUACUAUCUUUCAAUUUCUCACCUACAAUAGAGGCCCAUCCAUCGAAGUAUGUCUGUAUCUUUUAUUUAUAUUUUUGUCAUUUUUUAGUUGUUAAAUAGUUGUAAAAAUACAACUUAUACUACUCUACUCGGAAUUGUUUUUAAUUUGCAAUGAUGUAUUGUUGUAUACAAUAUAUAAACUUAAUUAUCAUGUAAACCUUAUUUUUUCUACAACACUGGCUUACGUGUGAGCAAUAUUAACUUUUUAAUUUUAAUUUGUGUAAACUGAUAUAUGAUUCGUUUUUUUUUUUUUUAAUACAAUAAAAAGAGGGUAAAAGCAAUGUUCCACCAAAUCCUUCUCAAAAUAAGAUACACCAGAAACAGCAGCAGCUAUUGGAAGGAAAUUCAACUAAAAGUUCUGAAGGUCCUUAAAUACUACAACUUAAAACAAUUUUAAUCUUUUUUAUAUGAAUAGUUUUUUAUGAAUAAUUUUUAAAAUAGGUAAAAAUGUGGCACAACAAAAACAGCAGCAACAGAAGAAGACUAGGACCAAACCAACUAAUGAACCAGACAAUUUACAAAAACAAUCACUUAAAACAGGUUAGAAAAAAAUGCAUAAAUACAACAAUAAUGUUAUAAUAAAAUUAAGUGUUAGUAUCAGCUAGAUUUAUCUAUGUAGAUAUAAUAAUGUGAAUAUGAGUGGACAAACAUGGGUUUAAAAUACCUUAAGCAGAAUUUUAAAAUUUCACUGAGUAAAAACAACCUCGUUUGAGAUAAGCUUAAUUAUGGGAUAGCAGAGGAAUACACAAUAUUACUGAAUGUCUCAUUGUAUAGUAAGCCACGAGAAGUUCAGUUGUAAUGGCGCAGUAAAGUAUUAAACAUCACUAAAGAUAUUUUUCUGAAAAAAUGAAUCAAAUUAUGACUACACAAUGUGCAAUCCACAUGCAAUUCGGACUUCCAUCGCUUGCAGUUGCUUCCAACUGCUGAUGGAUUUUAAAAUGGGUUAUCUCAAAUGUGGUCAUUUUUGUUCUGCCACCCUAUAUAUGACUUGUGAAAAAGAGCUUAAGUAGGCAUACCCCUUAGGAUUUUCAAAAUAUUUUUGAAUGCUGAAUCUCAAAAAGGUUUGAUUUUUUUUUGGAAAUGCCAAGACAGUCAGAAUUUUUUCAGGAAAUUUUAUUUCAGAAGUUUUAGUGAUGUGAAGUUUUUAUAAUUAAUUAGUGGAUAGGCUUACCAGUAGCCAAUAAACAAUAAUCAAGGUAAUGGAGGUUGGCUAAAAAUACGUAGCUAAAAGUAGAGAAGUUAAAAAUGUAGGUUAGUCAGUGGUAUUCUCUGCCUCCAAAAUAAAGAGGGCUCCACUUUAGUCUGCGAGAGAGAGAGAGUAGUAUUUAUUAGCCAUCUGUCCUCCACACCCUAACAUACAUUACUAAUAAAAAUUCAUUAUUGUAGAUUUUGUUUAUCAUAACUAAUUUAAUAGUAAUUUCCUAACAAAAUUCAAACAUUUUCAAAUCUGCACAAAAAUCCCAAGUCCGCAUGACUUGUUUCAUAACAAUUAUUUAUUAUUAUUAAUCUUUUAUCAUUAGAUUAAUUGUUUUAGUUUAAAAUGUAUGGAAGUUUACAAUAAUUAGAAUUUUAUUAUUAUCUCCAUUAAAUAAUAAUUGAAAUAUAAUUAAUAAAUAAUUAUAGUAAAAAUGAAAAUAUUGGUAAUACAUUUAUAUUCAUAACUUUAGAAAAGCGAUGUUGACAACAAAAAUAAUAUUUAUGAUCAUUACAAAGUUAUAUUUGGCUAUUUACAUUAAAUUGAUUAAAAAUAUAUUUUUUGUAGAACAAGCUGCUCCUUUGAAAUCAAAAGUCUUAAAUCAAAUGGAAUCAAGUAUUAAAUAAAACAAUAGUUUUUUUUUUUUUUUAUGUAUACAAAUUUAAAAUUUUAUAUUUGUGUGAUUUCUUUUCAUUUUUAGUUAACCCACAAAUUGAUCAACAAAUAGGAAUAUUGAGGAACCGGUUAGUCAUACCAAAACGGAAAAAUCCAAAAAUGGGUGGUACUUUGGGACGUCAUACUGAAGUAGAAGUAAACUAUCUUCCUCUUGAUCUAGAUAAAAUGUUCAAGAAAACUAUAUAUCAUAUUGAUUGUCAGUUUAAUCCAGAAUUACCCAAGAGACUUCUAAGGUAACUCAAAUACUGUAUUUAUAAUUUAUUUUAGUUUUUUUGCUAAAAAUAUAUUACAAUCUUCAUCCAAUAUUUUAUUCUUUUAUAGAACUGCUUUGGAAAAAUUUGUUGAUAAACAUUAUCAUGGUACACUUUUUGCAUUCGAUGGAAGAAGAAAUAUGUAUACUACAAAAGAUUUGAAAGGGGUAUAUUAUACUUAUUUACUUACUAAAUUGAUGAUAUGUGACUAAUGAUAAUUCACAAUAUUAAUUUAAGUCUCAAUUUUAUGUUAAAAAUGUUAAAGGUGUUUUGAGGUAAAGUGUCUUAUAGUUUUAUUAAUAUUAACUUGAAGUUAUUAUAAUCACUAAUUCGUUAAUAUUAUGUUCAAUAAUGUCAAAUUAAUUUUACUUUAAUAUAAGCAAAGAAAGUACAAAUUUAUAUAAUUUUAAAUGUGCAUGUAUACAUCUAAUCAAUCAGUUUCUUUAGGAGUGGUUUCAUUAAUGAAAGACAUUUUAAUUAUCCUUUUACCAAUAUUAAAUAAAAAAAUAUAUUUGCAGAAAGCCGGCCUAAUAACAGUUUUAAAUGAAGAAGAUGGUAAAUCUGUAGACUUCACCAUUGUUACAUCAGUUGUUAAUCAUAUUAAUAUGGCUAAGAUUCAAGAAUAUUUGAAAACUGGAUCAUCCAAUUGCCCUCCAGGAGAAGCUUUUCAAGCAUUAGAUAUUAUUUUAAAAAACAGACCAUUUUCAUUAAGGUUAGUAAAUACUAAAUAUAGUAACUGAAUACUCUGUAUUAUUAAGAGGUUGUGAUUACCUACCCCCAUGUACUGUCGUCAUCAAAUAAACAUAGCAUUAGACAAUGUGUGUUCUGCUGGGGUAAUUUUGUGCUGUUUUUAAUAUCAAAGUGAAUUCAUCAAUUAUCAAACUUAAAUCUGGAUCAUUAUUUGUCUUAUUUUUUUAGUGAGAAGAGUAUGUGAAAUAUCACAACUUUAAUGUUCUCACAUUUGUAAAAUAAAGACAACACAUGACUUAUUACAUUCUCUUAAAUAUUUAUCAAAUUUUGUUGUAGUUUAUCAAAAUAUAAUAAUCACAUUAAGUUGAAGAAAAAAAUUAAUUUCUGUAAAUGAUGGAAAUUAUUUGUGUUUCAGGUUUACUAAUGUUGAAAGAUCAUUUUUCCCAGUUCAAAGUAUGACACCACCUGAUUUGGGUGAAGGAAUGGAACUUUGGAAAGGAAUUUCCCAAAGUCCUGUUAUGGGUUGGAAGCCAUAUUUAAACAUAGAUGGUAAUUUUAUAAUAAUUAACUUUAAAAUUUUAUACAUAACUUAGUGUUACGGGCCGUUCGAACACAGCCUUUUGGUGGGAAGAUGUACACGUGUGUAAGGUGUACAAACGGUUUUUUAUUAGAAUUUGAACAAAACACGGUUGACAAGUUGUAUUUAUGAGUGAAAAACCUGGGACACCAGCCCCGGGUCAAGACUUAGAUGUAAUUAUCAGGUAUAAAUACAUUAAUGAAAUGACUGGACGGAUUGGUGUCGAGGUGACGGUACUCCUCCUUCUCGUUCGUCGGUGGUGGUGUGGUUGUCUCGACUCUUGAUUGAGUUCAAGUUCUCUCGGUUUACCACACCCGUAUCAAUGGCCCCGACGUGCGUAUACUUAAUGCGACGACCGAUUUCAUAUCUUGUCGCGCGGAAUUCUUNACAGAGUCCGUAACAAUAUCGGUUUUCCAAAAAUCUAAUUUGAUUUAUUCAAAUGGCAAAUUGUAUACAAAUUAAUUAACAUCUAUAUUUAUAUGAAAUAACAAUUUGUCAUUUUUCAAAAUGCUAACUCCUAACAAACCAGUGAGAAAAUUUGAGAUUUGUUGACUGAAAUAUUUUCAAUAGUGGGAAGACAACCUCCUCAUAAUAAUAGUAUUAGUAUUAGUUAUCAAUUUAUAAGAUAGUAGAUUUUCUUCAAAAAUGUCAUGUUAUUAUUACUAUUAACUAAUUAAUGUUAUUUCAUAUUUUAGUGGUACACAGAGGAUUUCCUAAGCAUCAAUCAUUGACCUCUUACAUUCAAAACGAAUUAAACAGCCGUCUUGAUACAGAACUGGAUUCUAGAACUCUAAAUGCUUUAUUAAGUUAUGUUAAAGGAUUAAAAGUUGAUUUUAUGGUUCCAAAUCAACCUAAUACUAAACGGUCAUAUAAAGUUGGGGGGCUUCUUGAUACUGCAACAAAACAUAUGUUAGUAUUCUAAAUUGUUUCUAACUAUCCUGAAUGUAUAAUAUAUGAUUUAUUUACUGUAACAGUUUGCACAAGUUAAUUUGUCAUGAGCCAUGCUCAUUAUAAAUUCAACUAUUGAAAAUAAAGUAAAGGAGCUGGCUAACUUAAUUACUGUACAUAUUUAGUGUACAAAAAGCAGUAUUAUGCUGAUAAUUCUGUUAAUAUUGAUUUUUUUAAUCUGGUUUUUUGUACUAUGAAGAAAAAUUAAGCUUAUUUUUUAUCCCUUAAUUAUUGAAAAUAAGAGGGAAAUUUAUUCUAUCAUUUUUCAUAAAUGUACAGUGUAUUAAUUUCUUUAAUUAGUUAACCUGUGUUAUGUUUUAUUAAUUAUAUUGAAAAAUAAUGAUGAAUUAAUGACAUUUUUUUUUUAUAGUUUUGAAGUGAAUGAUGGUAAUAAUGCCAUUGAAACUAAGUUUAAAAUACUCUCUGUCUUUCAAUAUUAUAAAAUAAAACGAAACUACAUUAUUAAGUAUCCUAAUUUACCAUGUUUACAAGUUGGUAAUAAAAUAACUGCAGUUCCAAUUGAAGUAAGUAAAUACUUACUCACUUAUUUAUUUUGCUGUAUUAUUAGUUUAUCUUUAUUAAAUUUUACAAUAAUUGUGUUUUAAUUAUAAUCUUAAUUUAUAUUAAUUUUAGUUGUGCAAUGUUCAAAAAGGACAGUUGCAAAUGAGAAAAUUAACAGAAAAUCAAAGUGCUCAAAUGAUAAAAAAUGCAGUUCGUCCACCCAAAGAACGACAGCAUACUAUUGAAAAAUGUAUUAAUGAUAUGAAAUACAAUCAAGACCCAGUAUUAAGAGAAUUUGGUAUUAAUGUCCAAGAAAAAUUUGCCUGUAUUCCAGCAAGAAUUUUGGAUCAACCUUCUUUAACAUAUUUUCAGAAUAAGGUAUACUUUUAAUUGAUAAAUAAAUAAAUUGUAAUAAUAAUUGUUUUUACUCUUUUAUAUCCUUGAAAACAAUUAUUAUAUUAACUUUAUUCAAAUAAUAAAUUAAAUAUUUAAUCAAAGUAAAUUUCAAAUAAUGAAUUGCGCUAUAGAAUACUAAAUUCAUUUCUACAAGAAAUCUGAAAAUUUCACUGGAUAGAGUGGUGAAAUUUUAAUACCAUUUUAGAGAUUUAUGAGCUUGACUAUUUGUAAUUUUUUUAUUAUUUUUUAUCUCUGGUUUUAUAUUUUACAAGGUUUAAUUUAAGAAGAGCUUAUAAAAAUAUAAAAGAUUUAUGAUCAAUAAUAUUUCAAUUUUUAUUUUGUCAUUUACUGUAUAGGUAAAAGACAGUAGUAAAAUAUCAUUGAAAACUUCACCACCACACAAAUGAUGUUUCACUAUUGUCUACAUACAUAGGGUAAACUUAAAAGUAAAAUAUCUCAAUGAAAUUUAAGACAUUUAAUCACCAACAUUUAUUUUUACUAAAAUCUUUAUUUAUGGAUUUUGUAUAACUUGUGAUAACUAAUUUUAUUGGUUAUCAUAAAACAACUUAAUAUUAAAAACAGUAAUAACAAUUCUGCCAUUUAUACAUUGGUUUUCAUUCAGUUUAGCAAAAGUAUCAUAUAUUUUAUUAAAUAAUUCUGUUUUAUAGAUAUGAAAAAUCUUUUUUCAUUUAUAUAUUUAAAUUUUAUUUUACAAAUUUCGAAUUAUUUAAAUCUUCAAUUUAUUUAAUUUCCAUGCCUAUAUUUUGUUGUAGUAUAUAUCUUAGUACAAAAAUAAAUUAUACCAACUUUUUAAUUCUAAACACAUUUUUAAUUAAAAGCGUGUUAAUGGUUUUUUUAUUUUACUAUCAUUUUUUUUUUUUUUUUUAGGAAACUAAACCCAUAGCCGGUAUUUGGAAAUCAGAUAAAUUUUCUAAGUCCGUAAAACUUACAAGAUGGAUUGUUUUAAAUUUAGAUUCACAUACUUAUGCCUCAAGCAUAAAGUAAAAAUUAAUCACCUCUUAUAACACAUUUAUAAAACAUGUAUAUGAAACUAAUAAAUUAUUUUAAUAUUGUUUUAGAAAUUUUGAGGUAUUGCUGAUGCAAAGUGGUAGAGAAUUAAAUGUUCCAGUAAAUCCAAUGGAUUCUAUUCAUAAUCUAAGUUUUUCAAAAUUUGAAAAUGUUGAUAUAAUUGAAAGAGAAAUUACAACUGUUUUGAAGAAAUUGAUGGCAAAAAAUAUCCCCCCAAUAGAACUUAUUGUGGUGAUUAUACCAGAUUAUCCAAUAGGAAUAUAUGGUAAAUUACAAAUAAUAUUACCCAAAUAUUUAUUAUAUAAUAAUUAAUAAUAUAUAAAUAAAACUACAUAAUUUGAAAAUAUUUAAGUUGUGUUUGAAUCAAAUGUUUCAUUGAUAUAUUUUUUUAUCAUAUAAGUAUUUUGACUGUAUACUUUGUAUUAUUGUAAAUAAUUCCAUCAAGAUGAUUAUUAUUUUAUAUAACCACCUUCAUUUUAUUUUUAGCUGCUGUUAAACAAGCUUCAGAGUUACAUGUUGGUAUACUUACCCAGUGCAUUAAAUCUAAGACUAUGUUUAAAAUGAAGAUUUCUACAACAACUAGUAUUUUAAUGAAGAUAAAUUCUAAAUUAAAUGGAAUCAAUCAUACUUUGUCAUUAAAAAGCAGGUAAUAUUUUGUUUCUUUUAAUUCUGGUUUUUUUUUUUUUUUUUUUCAUUAUUUAAAAAAAUAAUACUUUUUCUGAUACAGUACAAAUUGUAAGAAACUUAAUAAAGCUUUAAAUUAUUUUUUUUUGAAUUUAAUAUAAUUAACAAAAAAUAGUUUUAAAAAUAACUUAAUGUAAUGUUAAAAAAGAGUAUACUGCUGGUGACAGUCUGUUGGUGGUAGGUGGUUGGGAAGGUGGAAUACAAUAAGUUAUUUAAUUUAUACCUGUAAUCAACAAUAAACCAUUGCUUAAUCAAAAUUAUCCCAAGACAAGUUCAUUCAGUUCUAUAUGUUUUGAAAGGCUAUAAUAAUUAAGAUUUUUAAUAAAAUUUGAUUUAAAAACUACAUUGCUCAUUUUUUUUUUUUUUUUUUUACCCUCAAUUACGACCUAUAAUAAACCUGCCUAAUAAAACAACUCUCAAAAUUAAAAUCUCUAUUAAUAUAAAUUAUAGGGCAAAAUAAUCACAUAUGCAUUAUAUAUUUUCUAUAAUAAUAUUUGUUUAAAAUUGUACCUUUACCCCCCCCCCUAUGCUUUCUCAUUUAUUGGGAAAAUCAAAAAAAUUACUUCAAUAUAUUCCUUAUUCCACUCAGAAUCUUAAAUUAGAAAUAUUCAAUAUUUUUCUUUUUUUUUUGCAAAUUAAAAAUACAUUAACUAUAUUUUUAAAUAACCUCAAAAUGAAAUAUUUUGAAUGCAGUAAUCAGAAAUAAUAUUUUCUCAAUAUUUUACUUAUUGCUCAUAAUGAUAAUUUGUUAUUACUGUAAUUUAGUCCUAGCUGUAUGACUGGUGCGAUUAUUUUUGGAGCAGAUGUCACUCAUCCAUCUCUAGAUCAAACUGAUGGUCCAUCAAUUGCUGCCGUGAGUAUAUUUUAAUAAUUGGAAGAUUUAGUAUUCGUUUUUUAUUAUAAAUUCACAUUUUUAACAGCAAUAGAUUUAUUGAAUUGUUUACGUGUGUAACCUUAUAUAAAUUAAUUGCAUUAAGGUGCUUUUUAAUAUUUUUAAUAUUUGAAGAUUGAUUCUGUAUGUAAUUUGUAUUGUUUAGAUAAGAACUUAUGAAUUAUGAAGAAGUUAUUUUUCUAGGAGACUGUAAUUAACAAACAAUUUUUUUUUUAAAGUCAACCUUAUUCAAUUAUGUUAUUCAUAAAUUUAGUUCCAUUUUCUCAUCAAAAUAAAUGUAGUUAAAAGUUUUCUUCUAGCUUAGAUUCUGAUCAGUCAGAAAUGUAUUGGUCUUAAAAUGAGAUUUUUUUUUUUUUCUAUGAAAUGAUUUUUCUACUAAGAAUUUUGCUGUGAUUUUGAAGUCUAACAGUACUCUAAAAAAAAAAUUUUAGACAGGUGCUUAUUUUAGGAGAUAAUUUUUAGAUUUUUCAAAUGGUUUUCAUAAUUGGGAAAACCCAUGAAAAUUUAUGAAUCGUAUAAUUUUCAAUUUUGUUAUUAGUUGUGAUUCAGUUAAAAAUAUUUGUAGAGACUUGAAAUUUAGACAGAAAAUUUAAAUUAAAUCAUAUUUAAUAAGAUUAUCUUUUACAAAAAUCUCUUCUAGAUAUGGUAAAAUUUUCAAAAUAUUUUAAUUUUGAGGGUUUUUAUAUAAUUUUUAUUGUGUAAGUACUUGUGAAUUGUUUAAUCAAACAGAAAUGCUUGAAAAUUUAACAGAAAAUUCAAAAAGGGGGGGGGGUUAUCCUAUUUUUUAGGUAUGUACAUUAAAUUUCUCUCUAUAUCCUUUCUUCCCAACUUCAUGCCUACAACAGUGGCCCACCUCUUAUACAAAAUAUGUCUAUAUCUUUUUUAGACAUGGAGCUGAUAGAAUUUAGAAUUUUCUUUAUCAAACAUCAAAUCCUCAAUCUAAUAUGUUUAACUUUUUGUUUUAUUCGAUUUUAAUCUAAAAUAAUUAUCAUAUGGUCAUGACUUAAAGGGAUAUGGUUUUCCAAAUGUUUCCAGUUCUUAUUUAUAUUUUAAUGGUGACCUUAAUAAUAAUAGGGCUUAUUUACUGCUCAUUUGAGAGGAAGGUGUUUUAUAACCUGCUGGUUUUAUUAAUGAAAAUGACCUUUUAGACCAAAAACAAGACUUAACUGUAAGAGUUACAUUUGACGGAUUUAAAUUUUGAAAGUGUGUGAUUCUUUAUAUUCUUUCCUAGAUUAUGUUAAAAUUAUGUAUUUUGUCAUUAUUCUAAGAAAGAGGCUUAAACAAUUUUCAAAAAUACAAACAAAUCUGUUAUGAAUUCCACUAAAAUAAUAAAAUUACUACUAUUCUCAGGUAACAGCAAGUCAUGAUUUAUCUGGAAGUCAAUACAAUAUGGAAUGGCGUAUACAAUCAUCUAAAGUAGAAAUUAUUCAAGAUUUAGAAGACAUAGUCUACAAACAAUUGCUCAAGUAUAAAGAGAGAACAAAAAUUAUUCCAAAAAAAAUAUUAUAUUUUAGAGAUGGUGUAAGUGAGGGACAAUUUCUACAGUUGUUAGAAUAUGAGUUAAUUGCUAUUAGGCGUGCGUGUUUACGUUUAAAUCUAAAUUAUCAACCUCCCAUAACAUUUUUGGUCGUACAGAAACGACAUCACACUAGAAUAUUCCCCAAACAUCAAAUUGACAAGUCUGGCAAAUUUCAAAAUGUUCCCUCUGGUACAGUUAUUGACACUCAGAUAACACACCCUACAGAACUUGAUUUCUACUUGUGCAGUCAUGCUAGUAUACAAGUUAGUAUUUAAUCAUACAUUUGCAAUUUUUUAAACUCAUAUUUUUUAUUCAUUCAAUACAUUUUAAAGGGUACAUCAAGACCAACCAAAUAUCAUCUUAUUUGGGACGACAGCAGUUUUACCGAAGAUGAAAUUGAAAAACUUACAUUCUACCUGUGUUUUAUUACUGCUCGAUGCACUAGCUCCAUUUCAUAUCCAGCACCAACAUACUACGCCCAUUUAGCUGCUUUUAGAGCACGGUCUUAUAUUGCAAAGUAAAUAUAUUUUUAAAUAUUAUUAAAUUAUAAAUACUUUAAUUUUCUUUUUUUCUUAUAGUAAAACAAUAAAAGUCAGUUGUUUGGCUGAUGAACAAGUUAAACAUCAAUUGAAUGCUGGAUUCACUGUUGCAACGCCAAUGUUUUUUAUUUAAUUAACUUUUACUUAACAAUUAAUAUCUUUUUCUAUUUGAUUUUAAUUUGUAAAUGUAUUAACUAUAAUUUUAUGUUAAACAUAUUAAUAAUUGAAGACUAAAAAACAAUAAUGGGUUAAGUGCCAAAAAGUCGAUUUUGAAUUAUUCUUAUUAUAACCUCUCCUGCUACUCUGACACAUAGCUCUGGCAUAAUUUUGUUAGGCUUUAUACACUACUAUUAUGGUUGUGACAAAUAGGGCUUUAUAUAGAUUGGCACAUUAGCUCAAUUUUCAAGUUUAACUUUUGACACUUGAUUUCCAGUUUUCAACUUUAAUAUUAUUUGUAGUUUAUAGUUUAUAAUUAUAUAGAAGCAGGUUAAAAAUUGGUAUCAAUAACCAUAAGAUCUAAUCAAACUUGUAGUAUCAAGAAUAAUAGUAUUUCUUGUAACCAGUUUAUGCAUGAAGUUACAGGUGAGAUAUAUUGAUAACUUUAUAAAAGUAUUCUUUUUUUUGUUUAAGAAGAGGGCGUGAUCUUAAAAUAAUAAAUAUAAUCAUUUAUCAUUUUACAAUUAUUGUGAAUCACUAAUUUAAUCAUUGGUUUUGUCAGAAUGAUAGUUGCAAGUACUUGAAAUUAAUAAAGUAGACAAUUAGAUAUACUUGUACUUGCUAUUUAUUCAGUUUUGAUUAAAUAUUAUGACACUGUAUAGUUAAAUUUCAAAUUUAAAGAACCCAGUUUACAGUAUUGAGUAGUAUCUAUAUAAAUGUAUAUAGACAGAAAAAAGUGUACUUCGAUAAAGAUGAAUUAUUAUAUCCCUGAUUUACUUAUCUAAAUAAAUUUUUAAUUUCAUUCAGGUUUUUGGGAAACUUGUUAUUUUCUUUAAUGAACAAAAUAUUGCACUAAGUUCCAGGUGCACAUAUAAUCAACUCAUAAAUAAAUGGACUCAAUUUAUAUAGUAUAUUUUAUUAAUCCUUUUGCUCCCGUUGUCCUUGUACAGGGACAUAGAUAAUUUAGAUAAUUAAAAAUUUAAAACGAGUAUUUAGAAAUAUAUGUCCCUGUACAAGGACAAAAGUGAAAGGGUUAAGUUAUAAAAAAAUAUUCAAACACUUGAUUUUAGCUGAGUGAAAGUGUCGCCACAAAUACCUUCAGAUUCAUCUGAAAAGACAUUUUCAGCAACCCGUAUUUAUAUGCUGGACCCCAACCAGAUUUACUUAGGUACUAUGUAAAUUUUGACAAAACGUGUAGAUGAUAACCUUGCUAUGAUAUGUGCCCUUCAAUUCUUGAAUACUUAAGUAUUCCGAAUUGAAUUUAAAAUGCGCUGGAGCUCUACACAGUCCAAUCAUUUUUAUUUUGGAAUUCACUACAAUCUAUUCUAGUUUAAAUGUCAGUAGAGUAUUAUAAAAUAAUUAGAAUUUCACUUAAUACUAACAUAGAAAAAUAAACUAUUUUCUGAGCUCUAAGGUAAUUAUUUUUCGAUACCUAUCAAAUACACACAAUAGAUAAAAUACAUAAAUAAAUAAUUAAGUAAAAACAAAUUAUUAAUAUUCCUAAAUAAAAAUAUAUAAAUAUGUUAAGAAUUAUAAAUUGUUUGGUUAUUAUUUAAAAAGUAUUGAUUGGGUUGAAAAUCAUUUUGAACAAUUAAAAUUAUUUUUCUUUAUUUCAUUGUGUAUUUAAUAUUUCCAAGUCUGUAUUAAUAUAAAAACUUUUAUUGUGGUUAUUUUCUAAAACAUAUUUAGCAAAAUUUGAAUAAGGG